AUGAGCUACUAUGGCAGCUACUAUGGGGGCCUGGGCUAUGGCUAUGGCUCUGGUUAUGGCUGCGGAUGUGGCAGCUUCCGUGGACUAGGCUAUGGCUUUGGUGGCUUGGGCUAUGGAGGCCUGGGCUAUGGUGGCUACGGCUAUGGCUGCUACCGCCCAUCUUGCUUUGGAAGGUAUUAUUCCUGUGGCUUCUACUGA